UCUCUCUCUCUCUCUCUCUCUCUCUGUCUCUCCGGAGUGAUUCCAGACAGCAGAGUUUUUCCCGGAGCGGAGCGCAGUGAGUGAAUGGGUCCAGGAUCAGAUGAUGUGGCUCCGGACUCUCCUGCUGCUCGGCCUCGUGGGACGCCUGCUGGACGAGUGUUCUGGACAUUCAUCUGAGGAUGAGGAUUACUACAUGCAGGAGCUCUUGAGUCGGGAACAUUACCAGCGAGUCCUGGAGGACCGAGCCGUCGGGAAGGAGACCAAACCCAGAUCAGCCGGCGGAUCUGAUUCAGCGUCAGCGAAAAGUGGAAGUAAAAAGAGUGAGAAGAACAAGAAAGCAGCGAAAGGCCUGAGUGCCGUGGACGGCGUGUUCCCUGAGCGAGACGACUGUCCUCCGCUGGGUCUGGAGACGCUGAAGAUCGAUGACUUUCAGCUCCACGCCUCCAGCAUGAGACACUACGGUCUGGGGCCACACAGGGGCCGGCUCAACAUCCAGGGCGGUCUGUAUGAGGAUGACCUGUAUGACGGCGGCUGGUGUGCAGGACGGAACGACCCGCUGCAGUGGUUCGAGGUGGACGCUCGCAGACUCACGAAGUUCACCGGUGUCGUCACUCAGGGACGGAGCUCACUCUGGUCGUGAGUAACACACACAGCGGUCACGGGUUACAUUCCCAGCCAGAGCAUCAGCUGAUCCAGUGUGUAGCUGGAAUGCAAGUGGCUUUGCAUAAAUGCAGAAAUGUAAAUAUAAGAGAUUAUAA